CACAUAUUGUGUGUGCAAUGUGCCCUCGUGUUGUCGUUUUCAUAUAAAAAUAAAAAAAAAAAAUCACAAGUAUUUAUUUAUAAUAAUCUCUCAAGACAAUUAUUAAAUGUUUAUCAAUAAGGCAUCCACAUUAGUUUUUGUAAUGUUCAAGUAUUUCAUAAAUUUGACUUGAUAUUAAUUUAUUUUUAUAUGUUUAUUAAAAUCAAAAACAUAUUGUGUGUGAUUGCAAUUACUUUUCAUGUAAAUUACAACAAAACAUGUGACUAGUAAUUUAAUGUUUAUUUUUUUUUGUUAACAUACAACGAAAUAAUGAGGAUACAAAGGCAAUAUUGGCCAAUUCAUUAACAAUAAUGAGAAACGAGAGCUAUUUAGUAAUAUAACGAAAUUGAUAAAAGAAUUUGAUAAAAUGAAAAAAUUAAAUAAAACUUCAGAUGCCAAUGUUGAAUUUCUCGAGUCAACACGUCGUUUAUACAGAGGAGCAACGGAAAUUGCUAAAAAAUUAGAUGAAAAAAAAAAUAGUGUUUCAUCAAUAUUAGACAUAUUUACAAUUGAAAAUGAGGUUUUACGAGGAAAACUUAAAGAUUAUUGUGAAAGAUUAUUAUUUAAAGAUCCAAUUGGUCAUGCUAAAAAAAUUGAAGAAUUAUUAUGGCGACGUGGAUUUUAUGAUGCUGUAUCAACAGCUAAAAAAAUUGUCAAGACAAAUGAAUGGAGUAAAAUUGAAAAAUCAUUAUUGUUGACUCAUUUGUCUGUUGGUGUUGGAUUUUAUCAUCAUUUAAUAUUACGUAUACAUUUAGAAAAUAAACUUGAUCUUGCUGGUUUCAUUGAUUUUGCAUAUCCUCAAAAUGAUUGUUAUUAUGUUAAAGAUAUUAAAAAACAAAAUCAACAACAACAACAAGAUGAUGAACAAUUAAAAGAAUGUUUAAUGAAAAUUGUUCAUCGUAGUUUAGUUUGUUUGGGUGAUUUGGCACGUUAUAAACUUGAAUUUGAUGCAAAUUGGGAUCCAAUGAUUGCAAUGAGAUAUUAUAAAAUGGCAAUAACAAUUGAACCAAAUUAUGGUAUGCCUCAUAAUCAACUUGGCACAUUGGCUGCCAAUAAAAAUUAUGGUAUUGAUGCUGUUUAUUAUUAUUUACGUUCAACAUUGUGUACUCUACCAUUUGAGGGUGCAGAAGGUAAUUUAAAUAGAAUUAUAAAUACAAAUAAUAAUAAUAAUAAUAAUAAAUUACCAUUAGCACCAUCUAAAAUAUGUGCAAAUUUAUUAUUUAAUUUAAUUAAAAAAUGGUACAACAACGAUACUCCAACUACAAGUAAAAAUUACAUUGUUGAUACAAAUACAAAUGAUACUUGUCAAAUAUUACUUGAUAAUAUUGAAAAUUUAUUAAAAAUUGAUAAAUUAAAUAAUGAUAAUGAUAACUUAUCUGAACAAACUACAAGUAUUGAUAAAUUUUUAAAAAAUUUAAAAAGUCAAGAUUUACCAUAUUUAAGUGAUAAUGUUGUAUUUAAAAUUGUUUCAAUUUGUUUAAUGUUAAUAUCAAAAUUGAAAAAAAAUAAUUCAUCACAAUUAAAUCAAGUUAUUGCAUUUAUGCUGUCUGUAUUAUCAAAAUUACUUCAAGUUGCAGUUUGUCGUCUUGAAAUGUCAAUUGAUAAAUUAUCAUCAUCAUCAUCAUCAUCAACAACAACAAGUGAUGUUUUGAUUAAUAGUAAUCAUGAAAAAUUAAUAAUCAAAAACGAUAAAUCUAUUAAUGACAAUGAAAAUUUAAUUAUUAACAAAACAAAUAAUAAAAAUGGUCAUGUGAAAAAUCGAGUAAAAUCCAAAAGUUUAUUAAGUAAAUUACGAAGACCUAAAAAACGAGUAAACAGUUUGGAUUCAGAUUCAAGUGAUAUCGAUGAAUUUGAUGAUGAUGAUGAUGAUGAUGAAAUAAUUAAUAAUGAUAAUACAUCAAGUGAUGAAUACAAUUCAGAAAAAGAUGUCAAUUCGGAUGAGAGUGAACAAGAAAUUGAUGAAUCUAGUCAAGAUGAUGAUUCAAAUGAUUCAACUGAUUCAACUGAUAAUGAUGAUGAUGAUGAUGAUGAUGAUAAUAAUAAUAUUGAAAAUAAUUGUGUUGCUAAUGAUGAGAUAACAAUAAAUAAUAAAAUAUUAAUGAUAUUAACAAAUGAGGGAUUACUUCAGUCAAUUAAAAUUUGUUUCAACUGGUUGCAAGAUAAUCAAGAUAUUAUUAAAUUAGCAUUUAAAGGCUCACAAUUAUUAUUGAAACGAAUAACAAUAUUUUUUAAUAUAAUUAAUAUUAAUAUAAAUAAAAUUAUGAAAAAUAAAAAUAUAUUUAAUGAUGAAUCAAUGAUAUUUUCAAAUAAUCAAGAUGAUGUAUUAAAUAAUUAUAUAAAAAUUAUUCCAUUACCUGAAGACAUUGAUUUGCAAGGUUUAAAUAUAUUAAAUGCUUCUCAUAAUAAUAUUGAUUGGAAAAUAUUGAAAAUUUUAAAUAUUAAUAAUCAAGAAGAAAGUCUAUUGAGAUGCUUGAAAAUUAUUAAUUUUGCAAAUUAUUUAUGUACAAUUGAUGAGUCUGGCCUAAAAUACAAUGAUACAAAUGGCUAUUUUUAUAAUGAUGAUUUAAAUAAGCCAAAUGAUAAUGAUAAUGAUAAAUGUUCAACAUCAAAAUCAACAGCAAUUGUUAAUGACAAUGAUGAUGAUUUAAUAAUAAAUAAUAAUUCAAAAGGUAAACUUAUGAGACAUAUGGGUGAACUUUGGCUAAAGGCUGAGGUUAAAGCUCUUGAAAAUCGUUUAAAAUCAAAAUUAAUGUCAGCAUAUUUAGUACCAGAUCAUGAUGCACUUGCUAAAUAUACACCACUUUUAAAACGUCUUGUUUAUACUAAAAAAUUUAUCAUUGUUAUUCCAUCAAUUGUUGUAUCAGCUUUGGAUGAAUUAAAACGUACAAGUGGUCAUGCACGUGAAGCAACAAGAUGGCUUGAAGGACAAUUAAAAAAAGGCUCAAGAUUUUUACGUGCACAACGUCCUCAAGAAAAUUUACCACUUGCAUAUAUUAAAGGACCACGUCCAAAAGAUAAAGAAGCUUGGGUAUUUUUUCAAAUUAUUGAAUGUUGUCAUUAUCUACAAAAACAAACUAAAAUUGAUAAUGAUUCAAAUGAGCCACCAGUUGUUACACUAUUAACUGGUAUAACAAGAAAAUCAUCACCAUCAUCAUCAUCAUCAUUGAGUUUUAGUCCAGAUGGAUUGGCUCAAAAUGCUGGUAUUAAUUUGGAGCACAUUGAGUCAUUUCAUACCAAAUGGAAAACUUCAAGUAAAAGUCAUGGUUGAUGAUGAUGCAUAUUGUAUCAUUAAACAAGUGGAUUAAAAAAAAAAAAAAAAACAACAACAACAACAACAAA